AUGUUCUACAGCGUCUUGUUCGCCAUGCUUUUGAGCUCCAUCCGCGCGGUGGAGGGCACGCCCACCUACCAGGAGGAGUACCGCGUCGCCAGCUACGUGCCCAAGUACUACAACUCGUGGCGCGGCAUCCAGGUCAUUGCCCCCGACACGCCCUACGUGGCGGCCUCGGGCCCCGACAGCCUCUACUUCAUCGACACCCGCUUCGACAACGACACGGCUGCCCACAUCAAGGAGCAGAUCGAGUGGGCCAUGCUCCCCAACCCGGACGAGCACUUCUUCAUCGACGAGGAAGCCGCCACCGCCUUUGUGCGCAACUCCGCCACCAAGGAGGUCGUUUUUACCUUCGACCCGCCCUUUGCGCGCGUCUUCUUUGCCCGCUUCAUGAACAAGCAGAACCCCAGCCUGCAGCUGCCCGAGCACGAGGACGGCGGCGAGUGGGUCGUCAAGUACAACCUCGGCGGCAACCUGUUCAAGGAGCGCAGCAUCCAGGCCUGCUCCGACCACGGCUGCAACAGCGCCUCCGACUGCACGCCGCACAACUGCGACUCGUGCCACCAGGCCCGCGUCGACAACGAGUGCGAGCACCCGACCGUCAACGCCGUCGGCUCCUGCAAGAAGACCAACAAGAAGAAGUGCCCCAAGACCUUUGACGACCCGGCCCGCGCGUCGGGCGAGACGGACGCCGCCUACUACGCCCGCCUCGAUGCCCUGCACUGGGGCGCUAAGGAGUAA